CUCUUCUCGAACCGCCAAACCCUCAAACCCCAGAAACCCCCCUCGAAACCCUCCAUUCCCUUCGACAUUCACAAGUGGGACCCUCAUUUCCUCCCCCAAAACCCCUCACCACCUCCUUCCCCGUCUCCUUCAUUCUCAUUCUCCUCCUCCCCUCGCCUCUCUCCCAUCGCCCGAUUCAUCAUCGACGCAUUCCGCAAGAACCGCCACACCUGGGGCCCCUCCGUGGUUUCCGAGCUCAACAAACUCCGUAGGGUCCCACCCACCCUCGUUGCUGAGGUUCUCAAGCUCCAAACAAACCCUACCCUCGCCUCCAAAUUCUUCCAUUGGGCUGGUAAGCAGAAAGGCUUCCACCAUAAUUUUGCAUCCUAUAAUGCUUUUGCUUAUUGCUUGAACCGUAGCAAUCGGUUCCGGGCAGCUGACCAGCUGCCCGAACUUAUGGACUCGCAGGGGAAACCCCCCAGUGAGAAGCAGUUUGAGAUUUUGAUUAGAAUGCAUUCUGAUGCCAAUAGGGGACUUAGGGUUUACUAUGUGUAUGAGAAGAUGAAGAAGUUUGGCGUUAAGCCUAGGGUAUUUUUGUAUAAUAGGGUUAUGGAUGCGUUGGUAAAGACGGAUCAUUUGGAUCUUGCGCUCUCGGUUUAUGACGAUUUUAGGGAGGAUGGAUUGGUGGAAGAGGCUGUUACUUUCAUGAUUUUGAUUAAGGGGCUGUGUAAGGCCGGGCGAAUCGACGAAAUGCUGGAGGUUUUGGAGAGAAUGAGAGUGAAUUUGUGCAAGCCGGACGUGUUUGCUUAUACCGCUUUGGUUCGGAUGCUGGUUCCGGAGGGAAAUUUGGAUGGUUGUUUGAGGGUUUGGGAAGAAAUGAAGAAGGAUAAGGUUCAGGCUGAUGUGAUGGCUUAUGCUACUAUAAUUAUAGGGUUGUCGAAAGGAGGGAGGGUUGAAGAGGGUUAUGAGUUCUUCAAGGAGAUGAAGAGUAAGGGUCAUUUGAUAGAUAGAGCUAUAUAUGGGUCACUUAUAGAGUCGUUUGUGGCGGAAAAGAAGAUUGGUGUGGCUUUCGAUUUGUUGAAGGAUUUGGUUAACUCAGGAUAUAGGGCGGAUUUAGAAAUUUAUAAUUCCCUUAUUGAAGGCUUGUGCAAUGUGAAUAAGAUUGAGAAGGCUUACAAGCUUUUCCAAGUUACUAUUAAGGAGGGCCUUGAGCCAAAUUUUUUAUCAGUGAAACCAUUGUUGCUGUGUUAUGCUAAAGCAAAAAAAAUGGAAGAACUCUUCAAGCUUCUCAAGCAGAUGGAGAAGUUAGGUUUUCCAGUUAUUGAUGAUCUUGCCAAAUUCUUAUCCCUUCUGGUGAAGGAGGGACCAUUAGUAGCAUUAGAGGCUUUUACACACUUGAAGGCAAAAGGUUAUAUUAGUGUCGAAAUGUACAAUAUUCUUAUGGAUUCUCUACACAAGGUUGGUGAGAUAAAGAAGGCUCUAUUACUCUUUGACGAAAUGAAUGCCUCAAACUUGAAACCUGACUCAUUUACAUACAGUAUAACAAUUCUAUGCCAUGUUGAUCUUGGUAAAAUUCAGGAGGCAUGUGAGUAUCACAAUAAGAUCAUUGAGAUGUCUUGUAUUCCUUCUGUUGCUGCUUACAGUUUCCUUGCCAAGGGGCUUUGUAAAAUUGGCGAGAUUGAUGCAGGUAUGAUGCUUGUCCGUGAUUGCCUUGCCAACAUAGACAGUGGUCCUAUGGAAUUCAAAUAUAGUCUUACCAUCAUUCACUCAUGUAAGUCAAAUGAUGCCGAGAAAGUGAUUGAAGUAUUGAAUGAGAUGAUGCAACAGGGUUGCCCUCUGGACAUUGUGGCAUGUGCUGCAGUUAUAUCUGGCAUGUCUAAGCACGGAACAAUUGAAGAGGCCAGGAAGGUUUUUUCAAACUUGAGGGAUCGCAGAUUGUUAACCGAAGCUGACACCAUUGUGUAUGACGAAUUACUAAUCAAUCACACAAAGCAAAGGACCGCAGACUUGGUGCUAUCAGGAAUUAAGCUCUUCGGUUUAGAAUCUAAACUAAAAUCAAAGGGUUUUAAGUUUUUGCCAAGUUGAAAACUGUUGUGCAGAUCAAUUGAUGUAUUUCUUCUCUCAACAUGUUGAAUAUGCAUAGUGAUGCAGAAAAGCAGUAGGGAAUGAAGAGUUCCAAUGGUGUGGUUGGCUGCUUCUCAAACAUCUUAUUUCUUGUGGUUCAUAUGUGUGGUGGUAGCUUUAAAUGAUUUUUCAAAGCAUCAGACUUGGGUUGCUGGACAUAACUCAUAAUCCAUAGUUCUGUCGAGGUCCAGUGAUGAUUCCGACAAGAUGCAUUUUGUUGGAACAUUAUAUACAGGAAGAUGCUUUCCUAAGGAGCCGAAGUGGAACUAAUUUAAUAUUUAAUAGGACAGACGAAGAUUUGUGAAGCACAAUUCACCAUUGCUGUUGAUAUCUCAAGAGCAAAAGUGGUUCAUCAUAUAUGGUGAUAUACCUUGAUAAAGCAUGUUAAAAUUAUUUGGGGAGAAUUUUCAGUCAACUAGCUAAAGCCAUGGUAAGAUACUUAAGAUUACUUUUUCCCUGAUGUGCAAGGCACCUUGUAGGAAAAAAGCAUUAAUUUGUCAUGGUCUCUAGUUUUAUAACUAAGCUUAGGGUUUAGUUACAACUUUCAACAACCAUAAAGUGAUUCUUGUCUCCUCAACAAUAACAGCCAGACAAUAUCAUAAUAUUAAUUAAGCGAUUCUCUUCUCGAGGAGAAAUUAGCAAUUCAUUAGUGUUAGAAAAUUGCUUUAUGACAAGACAUUUGCAUGUGA